AGGCCCUUACGUCACUUCCGGGUUUAGUCGGACCAGUAGUAGAAAAAAAAAAAAAAAUCUGGUUGCCAUGAAUUUGAGCUAGCUAGCCACCGACAACUGUCAACAACGACACUCGAGUAAAACCAUCCAUGUCCAGACACAGGCGCGGUUCUCGGAGUCGUGUGCUGCCUGUGCGUACAAGCCGCUGCCCCGCAGCCUCACACCGUGAAGCGAUCCAGCUGGCUAAGUGACUAGACCGGAAAAGCUUGGCACCGUCGUGUGCCACUUCAUUUCAAGACCCGGGGAUUUCUGAAUCCAGAAGAUGAACGGUCUGUCCAUACGAGAGCUAUGCUGCCUGUUCUGCUGCCCCCCUUGCCCCAGCCGCAUUGCAGCCAAACUGGCUUUCCUGCCUCCAGAGCCCACCUACGCCCUUCUCCCUGACCCAGAUCCAGGUACUGGAGCAGGAACUGCUCCUGGAUCCAGCUCCGGGGCUGCCGUGCCUUCUCUUGGAGCCCCGGGACUGCGUUCCCGGCUCAGCGCUGGUAGUGGUGGGGGUGGAGGUGGAGGAGGAGGAGGAGGAGGAGGUGGUGGUGGUGGAGGAGGAGGUGUUGGUGCCGGCAGCGGUGGCGGUAGCAGCAGCAGUGGAAGUGAAGGCAGGUGGAAGCUUCAUCUGACAGAGAGAGCGGAGUUCCAGUAUUCACAGAGAGAGCUGGAUGUGACGGAUGUAUUCCUGACCAGAUCCAGCCGAGGGAACAGGGUGGGAUGCAUGUACAUCCGCUGUGCCCCCAAUGCCAGGUUCACAGUGUUGUUUUCCCAUGGCAAUGCAGUAGACCUGGGCCAGAUGAGCAGCUUCUACAUCGGCUUAGGCACUCGCAUCAAUUGCAACAUCUUUUCCUAUGAUUACUCAGGCUACGGUGUUAGCACUGGCAAGCCUUCUGAGAAGAACCUUUAUGCUGACAUUGAUGCUGCCUGGCACGCCCUACGUUCCCGGUAUGGCAUCAGCCCUGAGAAUAUCAUCCUGUACGGACAAAGCAUCGGCACGGUGCCCACGGUGGACUUGGCAUCACGGUUUGAGUGUGCUGCUGUGGUCCUCCACUCUCCUCUCACCUCUGGCAUGAGAGUGGCCUUCCCUGACACCAAGAAAACGUACUGCUUUGAUGCCUUCCCCAACAUAGAGAAAGUGUCAAAGAUCCCGUCUCCAGUACUCAUCAUUCACGGUACAGAGGACGAGGUGAUCGACUUCUCUCAUGGCCUCGCCCUGUUCGAGCGCUGUCCCAAGGCCGUAGAGCCCCUCUGGGUGGAGGGAGCCGGUCACAACGACAUUGAGCUUUACAGUCAGUACCUGGAGAGGCUACGGCGCUUCAUCAACCAGGACCUGGCUGCACAGCAUGCCUGAGAAACAAACAACAAGCCUCUCUCUGCGUUUGUAUGAAUGAGACUGAUGUGUGUGUUUGUGUGUGCAUGUGUGUGAGGACGUCGGCAUGUUAUGGGUGACUUGGGGGAUGUGUGAUUUUCUUUGUCACAUCUGUGUGUCUUUGAAGCAGCACACCUUUAGGUUACUUUUUAACACGACAUGUUAAAAUAAAUCCCCUCUUUUAAAGGUGAGAACGGUUUUUAAUACAUCAUUAGCCGCCUCCAUCUGUGUGGUGGAGCGCGGUGAAACACUAGAAACAAGAACUUGAGAUUCAGCAGCUUCACAGAUAUGUUUUUUUUUUUUUUUUUAACGUGGGAAAUGUUUUGAGUUGACAUGAAUUAAGAAGUAACAACAAUGUGGUUUGUCCCAAAAGGCACACAGAUGUAGUUUUUAAGUAAUGCCAUGUUAGUGAAUGUAUGAGUCAUAGAUGUAAGUGUAUAUUCAUAUCUCCAUGGACCUGUGACACCUGAAUAAUAUGUGCGUAAGCUUGUGUGUGUAUGUGUGUGUGUGUGUGUGUGUGUGUGUGUGAGAGGCAUUGCUGAAAGAAAUGAAGGACAUCCUGAUGUUUUUGACAGCUGCAAGUGGAGGAGGCUAAUGGAGACUUAUCAAUAUUGAUGUUUUUUUUUGUUUCUUUUUUUGCGUAUGUAUGAAGAAUACCUCCACAACUUGACCAGAUCUCUCUACAGUGGACAAACACUGGUCAAGCACGUGCCGCCCCCUCGCCCUUCCUCCUUCACUCCCUGUUUACCUGUUAAUGGACAUCCAUCUGACUGCCAGGGCAUUUCCCAAGUUGUUGUCCAGCUAACACUAACCUACUUUAUUUGUGUGGUUUUGGGGGUCCAUCUCCUUCUCUUUUGGUGUCAGUUAUGGUGGACACACAAAGAUUAGUCUGGAGUACUGUCAUAGCUUAAAUGGCAAUUUUUUUUUGACUCUGAUAAGAUCACAGAACGGCCAGCUUCCACUUCAUUUCCUGGCUGUGCUGUAGCUUCAGUCUUUUAAUGUCCGCAGAAUUGCAGCAGCGACUUAGGGGGAAUUAUCUUAAUUUCCUUGUAUUGGUUUUUCCCAUCCAGUCCUACAUAUUUGUCAUGAAGAAUGAUUGCAUGGCUGAAAUGGAGAGUCAGACCUUUGAAAGCCACACUGACAAUAUCUCCAUUUAUGUGGACAUUUCUUUGGCAUUAAUAGAACAGCUAUAGAAGUUCAGGUUUACUUUGUAACUUUCGUGUCACAUUAGAUCGGUUGGCUCUAAACAGAGGGUCGAAGCCCUUUUAGUAUUCACUGAUGUGCGACGUUUAGAGGUUGGGCGCACCGCAGUCAGAUUUAAAGGAAUAGUCUGACAUUCUGGGAAAUGCAGUUUUUCGCUUUCUUGCCGAGUACUCGAUGAGCUCUCAUGUAGAAGUGACUGCACCCAGUUUUUACAUUUAGUUUUUAUAUGGAUUACACAAACAAGAUGCAGCCAGUUGAUUUGUGAACUUAAGAGGUGCUGGCAGGUGAAUUUUGUUACCUUUUAUACAGAGCCAGCUUAGCUGUUUCCCCCCUUUUUCCAGCCUUUAUGCUAAGUUAAGCUAACCAGCUGCUGGCUGUGGGUUCAUAUUUAGCGUACAAACGUGAGAGCGGUGUCAUUCUUCUCACUGAGCCCUGAGCAAGAAAGCAAACAAGUGUGUUUUCAAAAUGUCUACCUGUACGUUUAAGUCUGAGUUGCAUCUAUCGAGGGAGGUCUGUGAAUAAUUUGUCUUUUCUGGUGAACAAACUUGAGGUUGUGGCUGGAUUUGGAGGUUCUAAGGGCGUAAGGAGACAACAUAGCUGCUCUGUUCAUCAAACUAGUAAGAAUCAUGUCUGUUUCUUUUUUUUUUUUACUACAGAAUAGUUUUUUGCUUCAUCAGAAUUUGUGUAAUCUUGAUUAUCUGUUGUCUUACAGCACAGUUUGUUUUCCAAGUGUUGUUCCAGUAGCACUCAUUACCAGGGUUAGUCAGCCUCCUGUUCACCCUCAGCACAUUUAUUUUUGUCUUGAUGUAAUUAAUCCCAAUGUGUUUGACGUAGUGUAGGGCCAUUGAUUGUUCGUCUCAGAACCAUGCGUGUCGACGUUGUGACUAACAAUGUGAUUCAGAUCGGGUGCCAGGACGGGACAUCAUGCCUACUAGCUCUGUUUAACCUCUGUGGCCCUAAAAUGUACAGGAGCUCUCUUAUGGGUGGCAGCACACUUCAUGUCUGACACAAGCCAUAUUUGAGCCUCUCACUGUUGGUGUGGUGCAGGUUCCACCACACACACCUUUGCACAUCAUCAUCAUCACACACAUACACACAUUCAAACACAACAUACACACGCACGCAUACACACGUAACACACGAGUACUGUAGUAUACAGUAUAUUUACACAUUUAUAUAUAUCAGAUCAAGCAUGACAAAAGCAGGUCUUAAGUUCAGCACUAUUGUACAAAGCAUCCAAAGUGUAAUAAGGGUAUAAAAUGUAAGUUUGUGUGUGUUCAUUAUUAUUGACUGUCUUCUACAGGCCAGCAUUAAGGAUACUAACAUCAUGUUUGAAUAAGUAGUAAUCAGCCUUGUGUGUAGACCUGAAAAAGUACAAGAAAUCGUUUUAUGGUCGCACCUCAGUUCAGAUCUACACAAGGCGUCUACUCCAAAGGAGACCCAUCAGUUUCAGUGAUAGUAGCUUUUUUUAAAGGAACAUGUACUGAACUAGCACUGAUCUGACUACUCCAUUUUGGGAGUACAAGUGGGUCUUGUUAAGCAGUGGAAAGGUUACUGAACACCACACUUUCUUUCUCUCUUUUGCUCUCUCCCUCUCUCUCUCUCUGUCAUUACUUGGAACAGGGAAUCUUUCCAUUCUCAUCCUGUACUUUGUGUCUCUGAUACUUAACUAAUGUAAAUCUGUUACCAUCAUGAACCAGGGGUCUGAGCGGUCAGAAGGAAUUAGAGAGAAUUAUCGCCUCUGAAAGUAGAAGUAGGCCUCAGUUUCUCCUGGACAUGUCGUGUUAUCAGGGAAACCACUGGAUCCACCUUUCAUUUAUGGGGUUCAAGAAACGGGGGUGGAAAUUUGCCGUUUUAUUGAUGCACCACUAUGGUUGAUGUAUAUUGUAUCCUCUGGCCCUGAAUGUUUAUUGAUGGGGGUGGGUGGGUGGGUGGGAGGGAGGGUUGAACAGUGAAAACUGUAUGCAUGUCUAUUGUGUUUUGCAGAGCAAGUGACGGGGUGGGACGUUAUCUCUAUUAUGUAUUCUAUGUGAGGGUAGAGCUGAACUCAUAGCAUCGGAACAUUGAAGCGCUUUUAAGAAGAAAAGAAAAAACGGGACAUUUAUUUGAAUUUUUUAUCGCUGAUACUAACUGAUGUAUUGUUAUGAGUUUUGUGCUAGAGUUUGAGCGGGGCAGUGGCGGGUGGGUGGGGGGUAGACAAUAUUAGUGGGCUGUUUAUAUGGUUACUGUACUUACCUAUUCUAUUCUUUGUAUUAUGAUUUGUAAUUUUAUGUUGCUUUUUUUGAACUGAGAAUAUGAUGUAAUGAAAUUAAUUCAUGGGACUGAAUCUUGACCUUUUUAUGGACAACAAAAUAAUAAAAAAAAAGAUCACUUAUGUACAAAAA